AUGUCAGAUGGUUGGACAGAUAGAAAGAAUAGGACUUUGACAAAUUUCUUGGUGAAUUCCACAGUAGGAACAAUGUUUGUGAAGAGUAUUGAUGUUUCUUCUUACACGAAGACUAGGAUUAAGAUACUUGAGCUAUUGAAUAAUUUUGUUGAGGAGAUUGGUGAGCAAAAUAUUGUGCAGGUGGUUACUGACAAUGAAAGUAAUUAUGUAUUGGUCAGUAAACUACUAACUGCUAAGAGACCACACUUGUUUUGGACUCUGUGUGUUGCACAUUGUCUAGACCUGAUGUUAGAAGAUAUUGGAAAGAUUUCUAAGGUUAAAACAGUUAUUCAAAAAGGGAUUAGUCUCGUCGGCUUCAUUUAUAACCACAUAUUGACGUUGAACAGAAUGAAGAAGAACACUGACAAUGUUGAGUUGGUUAGACAUGGAGUCACAAGGUUUGCAACCACAUUUCUUACUUUGCAAAGAUGGCAUAAACAAAAAACCAACCUUAGAAAGAUGUUCACUUCAGAAGAAUGGUUGAAGUCCAAGGCAAUCUGA